CGUUGUACUCCGCAUCUCAUUUGCGGCGGGGCCAAUUUCUCCCCAUCUACAAACUCUGCUCGAGGAAGAAAAAAAAAAAAAAACGCAUUUCUUUUGCGCCUUCGUUACAUUUCCCCCCCACCCCCAAGUGCUCAUUACUCUCAUUGCGGUCUCGUUUUUUUUAUUUCAGGCUUAUUCUUCAGUUUUCUUUCGCGCAAAGAAGGCAAAUCGGCGAUUUUUUUUUCUCGGGAGGAAGCUUGCGGUCUUUGUUCAUUCAUUUGAUCGGUUGGGUUCCUUUGUUGGAACAAAAGCAUGGGAGCGCAAAUCUCCAAAACCGCUGGGAAAGACGAAGCUGCGGUGGAAAAGCCUGCAGAAGGUGCGGCUGUUGCGUCCAAGGCGAACGGACAGGAAAAUGGGCAUGCCAAGACCAACAAAGAUGCCUCUCCGGGUUCAGAGGAUGCCAACAAGACCGAUGUGCAGGCCAAUGGAAGCACCCCCACUGAAGAGGCACCGAAGGAAGAAGGCGAGAAAGUAGAAGGUGCAGAGGCCCAAGGAGACAAGGAGGCGCCCACCACAAACGGGGAGACUUCCGCCAAGUCAGAGGAAGGUACUCCGUCCACCAGCGAGGACGGCAAGCAGAAGAAAAAGCGGUUCUCCUUCAAGAAACCCUCCUUCAAGCUCAGCGGCUUCUCCUUCAAGAAGACCAAGAAGGAGUCCGAGGAAGCGGCCGAGGAGGGGGCAGCGGCGGCUGCUGAGGCGGAACCGGCCGAAGGUGAGAAAUCCACCGACGUCCCCGCCGAGGAGGCCAAGCCAGCCGAGGGAAGCAAGGAGGAGGCCAAGGAGGCUGCGGCCGAGGAGGCGGAGACGGAGGAGCCGAAGGCCGAGCAAGCAGCUGAAGGAGAGGAGAAGCCGGCCGCUGCUUCUCCCACCGAGCCAGAGGCGGCUGCCAGUCCGGAGGCCGCCGCCGCCGAGUAACCCAGCUGAACGACACCCCAGAAUGAAGGAGACGAUGUAGCCUGUCUGAAGGAACAUGAGGACUUGUCUAAAACCAGGGAAUUUUUUUUUCUUUUCUUUUUGCUUUCUGUUAAUUUUCUCUUUUGUUGUUUGUAUAUGUUUACUACUCUGCAACCAUCUCAUCCAUAAUCACUGCAAAGUCCCGAGCAGUGGUGGACAGGAGGUGCAGCAGAGAGACGGAGAGCGCUGCUUCCUCACCGCUUCUUGGUGCUUGCAUUUGUAACAUGGGUGAGUGUGAAAAAUGCGAAACGCGAGUGGACUUUUUUUUUUUUUUUUUUUUUUAAAAAGGUAAUACCAUGACAACCACACACAGAUUUUUUUUUUUCCGUAUAUUUAAUCAAAGUAUUUGGUGCUGGGCAAUUGGAUGUAGCAGCUCAAGCUGUCUCUGCAAGAUCUGACACAUUGUGAUAUUUAAAGGGAAAGUCCUUACGCGAGUCUUAAAAGUUGUCUUUGCAGUGUACAGUUGUUUACAACUCUCUUAGCUCAACGCUCCUGUGAACACAAACCAUUCCUGAAAUAGAUUUAGCCGUCGAAAAAAAACGAUGAUUGGUGCUCACCACUUUCCAUUAGAUUCCACUGUUUCAAAUUCUGUAGUAAUGCACGUUGUAUAGACUUUGAUAUAACUGGUUUUAUGGCCGAGAUGUACCUAAUGACUGAAGUUUUUAACUGAUGACCCAUUGUAAAUGAAGUUUUUCUUGUUUUUUCUUUUUUUCACCAUUUGUAAGAUUGAAUAAAAUUGGGAGAUGUUUUAAGCAGACUUUUGCAUCAAGCUGUGAUGACUACAACACCACUCUGGAUCCACAUGUCGAAAGCACACUAAGUCAAGAUUUUAGACGCUGUCCUCUACCGGCUUCUCUUUCUGUAUAUAACGAGGCUCACAUUUUUUCCGUAUGGAUUGUAACAUUGCCUGCAAAAACUGGUAACAAGGUGUUGAGUUUGUUUCCUGUGAAUUCUGAAGAAUAAAGCGAUGAAGUGUGAA